AUGUCCUUGUUUCCCGCGCCUAACUCUGAUAGUGCCUUCCGAUCUUUCUUUUCCUCUAAGGCUCGCGACAAAUUUCUUUCGAAUGCCCAGGAGCUUAUACGACAGGGCUUCUCUCAGAACAAAUUCGCGAUUCGUCUCAAAACAGAUUUUACUGAUGUUUUGCUGCUAUCGCCUCGCUACCUGCCACAGCUUCGCACGGAAGAUCGACUGCAAGGCGGACCUUAUACCGUUCAGGAACUCCUAGGGUACCUCCCAGGUUUCGAACCAUUCAGAUUCGCGGACCAGAUGCCCAAGUUCAUACCUGAUGUCAUCUUAACCAGGAUGAAUAGAUAUUUGUCCAACGUACCGGCUUCCAUCACUGAGGAAGUGGAAGUGAAUCUGGCUGAGAAUUGGACAGACGAAAAGGUGGCCGUUGUCACAGCUGUCCAGGCAUUACGGAAAUGGCCCAGGGCCCUCGUGUCCAUUGUUCACUGGUUCCACCCGAAGGCCAAGGCGGCUCGAGCUCUACUCAACGAGGCGCGCGCAAUGAUACAGCCGAUGCACGAGCAAAGGAAACGCGACAUGGCCGCGGGAAAACCAGUACCCGCCGAUACCUUGACUUGGUUCGAGGAAGUAGCCAAGGGUCAGGCAUACGAUGCAGCUGUAGUGCAGCUUACAAUGGCCUUGGCUGGCCUCCAUUCUUCCACGGAUCUUCUCUGUGCAGUAAUGCUGAAUUUAUCUGAGCACCCCGAUGUUGUCGAGCCCCUGAGACAGGAGCUUGUACAAGUGUUGAAGAGGGAGGGAUGGAAACAGACAACUUUCUCCCAGUUGACACUUAUGGAUAGUGUAUUGAAGGAGUCACAGAGACUUAAGCCUGUUGGUCGCGCCUUCUUCAAACGCGUAGCAGUAGACAACAUCAAGCUGGACCACGGAGUCGAAAUACCUAAGGGGGCCUUCGUCGCGGUGUCGAACCACGGCAUGUGGGACCCUCACAACUAUACAGACCCUGACAAGUUUGACGCAUAUCGUUUCGCGCGAAUGUCGGACAACAAGUCCAGCGCCUUCUCGACCGUUAGCGUAGAGCAUACUGGCUUUGGUUUCGGGAAAAAUUCUUGCCCGGGCCGGAAUUACGUGGCCCUGCAGCUGAAGAUCAUUCUGGCUCAUCUCCUCCUCAAGUACGAAUGGAAACUGCCUGACAACUAUACACCAGCCACGUUUAAUAAUGGGUUCGACUUGAUCGCCGAUCCAUUUGCCCAGGUUCUUGUGCGCCGACGAUUGGAGGCACCUGAAGUCUCUUUGAGACAAAAUACAUGA